GAGAAGUUGUGCAUGCUGCACACAACUCUGUAUUUCCAAGCUAAAUUACACAGAUUCUGCAAUGCCCCGACACAAAGGUGCUAACAAGUCAUCCUUUCGAGAAGUCGGCAACGAACUCAGUUUAGCUAGCCAAUUUCAUUUCUUCUCCAUCCAAAAUCCAGAUGACGCGAACGACCGCAAAGCGAGACGCCUAGCUCGGUCGCAUGCUGUAGCGCGGGGCCUCGAGAAAAAACGAAGGCUUCAACAAGAGUCGGGUCAUAAUUUCCGUGCUAUGUCUUCGAAAGACGAUCCUAGCCGAUCCGCGGGCAAAAGAAAACGAAGCCAAACACUUGCCGCAUCACCACUCUCCCUCUCCACAGAUGCGCCCGACCCGUUCCAGAUGCUUGCUGCAGAGUCGCCGAGACUACAAGCUUUGCUAAGUCAGCAUAAGGCCCAGCAAGUUGCGGAGCCUCUCUUUAGCAUUUCAGAUGAGCUUGUGUUCCAGAACUUUCGCUCGGUUCUUCGAAAGGGGCUAGACGAUCACGCUCUUCUGAGUGCCUUCAUGCUCACAUUUGAAUUUGCCGUCACUGCCAGCAGCAUAGAUAGGGAGUAUCUCAGAUACCAGAAUGAGGCUCUGAGCUCCAUUCGUCAAAGGAUGAAUUCUCUGGAUAGUGCUACUUCAGAAUCGACAAUGGGGGCCAUUCUGCUGCUCGCCGGUAUAGAGGCUCGGCUUGGAAUGCCGCGUCAAGUCCAACUUCACAUGGGGGCAAUACAGAGGCUUCUUGACAUAUGUCGAAGGAAUGGUGUGUAUUUGAGUGACAGUAUCAAACGUGCCAUAUUCUGGCAAGACUUGAAUACCUCAGUAUUGACAGGGUCGAGUCGUGUUGUUGAUCACACAACCUUUUCUGAGCUUCAGUGGUGCAGAGAUCCUUUUUCUCCAGAUUUUAUCCUGCCGCCUGGAUUUCAAGCCCAGUCCUAUCUACUUGGCGAAGGGUUCGUUGAGGUGCUCAAGGACAUCUCUGCCUUGCAAUGUAUCCGAGACUCUACCUUUUUCGGCAGAGAGGAUGUAAUAUCAAUGGCACAUAUUGAUAACCACCAAGCAUCCAUCCAGUCGCGGCUGGUGAGCUUACCGAAUCAUUCCUCUAUAUCUGAGUGUUGCCACCUAGCGGCAUAUCUAUGCUCAGCAAUGCUGCGCUGCAAGCUUUGGCGUGCUUCGACCGUUCCCUCCCACCUUUCAUUACAGCUACUCUGCAAACUGCAACAAACGAACAACGAUCUCGUAUGGGACGACCGACUUGACUUGCUAGCUUGGCUCCUGCACAUCGGCGGGGCUUUUUCCCCCACGGGAACUAUACGAUCAAACUACGUGGUGUUAUUACACUUGAACCGGAGCACAAGACUUAGAGGCUUGUAUACAUCAUGGCUGGAAUUACUUACAAUUCUGAAGCAGUUCAUCUGGUCAGAAAAGGCAUUCAUGUCACAGAAAUCUUUAACCAUGCCUCAAUCACGCCUUUUCAAGCCACUUAAAAUAGGUGAUGCGGAAGUUCAGCAUCGCAUCGGGAUGGCUCCACUCACUCGCUUCAGGGCAACUGACGAUCGAGUACCUACGCCUCUGAUGAAGAAGUACUACGGCCAACGAGCCGCUGUGCCCGGCACCCUGAUUAUCACAGAGGGAACCUUGAUAUCGGCAGCCGCUGGUGGCGGCUUCACCAAUGCACCAGGACUUUGGCGCGAAGACCAAGUUGUUGCCUGGAGAACCAUCACCGACGACGUCCACAGCAAAGGAUCCUUCAUCUUCUGCCAGCUAUUCGCCAUGGGUCGUGCUGCAGAUGUCGAAACGGCCGGAAAGGAGGGCUUCUCCAUCGUGGCACCUAGUGCCAUUCCAAUGGAAGAAGGCGCCGCCGUGCCACACGCCAUGGCGAUCGAAGAGAUCCAGCAGACGGUCCAGGAAUUUGUAGGCGCUUCAAAGAACGCCAUCCGAGCGGGCUUCGACGGUGUGGAAAUCCACGGUGCUAACGGCUACCUCCUCGACCAAUUCCUUCAAGACGUCAGCAACACACGUCACGAUGCGUACGGCGGGAGCGUGGAGAACCGGUCCCGCCUCCUCGACGACGUGCUCAAGGCUGUCGCCAACGCCAUCGGCCCACAACGUGUCGGGCUCCGCCUGAGUCCCUGGAGCACGUUCCAGGGCAUGCGGAUGGCAGAUCCGAUCCCGCAGUUCACAGAUAUCAUUGUCAAAGCCCGCCGUUCAGACAUUGAGUAUCUCCACCUCGUUGAGUCGCGCAUCUCCGGCAGCGACGACUAUGAGGGCCACGAGCAGCUCGAUUUCGCCUACAAGCUCUGGGACGGCCCGUUGCUUGUUGCUGGCGGGUAUACACCGCAGGAGGCAAAGGAACUUGUCGACGAGAUGUAUCCAGAUAAGGAGAUUUUGGUCUUGUUUGGUCGGUACUUUAUUGCGAAUCCAGAUCUUGUGUUUAGGAUUAGGCAGGGGCUGGAGCUUAAUGCGUAUGAUAGGAGCACGUUUUAUGUCGCUGGGUCGCCGGCGGGGUAUGUGGAUUACUCGUUUAGCGAAGAGUAUAUAGCAGAGAGGCGCAGAAGUUCGGAUUGA